AUGCUCCAGGACCUCAGGGUCAGGGCCAACGCGGCGCUGGGCCACGUCUGUGACAAGAAUGCACCGCACCCCCACUCGGAUGACUACAACAGUCACCUGCGCUUCUUCGCCGACGUGGUGACGCGCCUGGAAGCCCGGUCUGAUAGAGCUCGCCAGCUUCUGGAAGAGAGGAGUCGGGGCCUGCUCGGGCACGCGUUCUCCCGUGUCUUCAGCCAUCUUCGGAACACCUUCCCCGACUUCGACUUUGACGCCGACAUUGACCCCAUACCGCGGGCCAUCCGGGGCGACCUCGCACGGUGGGUGGAGGACAACCCACCUAACAUUGAAGCUUACGUUCUGCCAAGGCUAGAGAUGUGCUUUGAAACUUUCAAAGAAGCAAAGGACUUCCACAACGUCUACGCAAAGCACGCAGGUUUUGCUAUCAGGGAAGGCUCCAAGGUUGAGACCAGAGUCUACCUUUAUUGCACGUGCUAUGGAGUCUAUGAAUCGAAGGUGUCAGAAGCAAAUAGACAGCGGAACAAGAUGACAGCCAGGACUAACUGCGGGGCUAAAAUGAGGCUGAAGAGGGAAAAGGAUGGAACAGUUGUCACAAUCUUGGAGUACGUCAAGUACAUGCAGUUCAAAGGCAUUGAACAUGCGCAAAUAAUGAGCAUACUGGGCGGCGAUGACCCCGGUAGCUACUUCCUCGAAAUGAAUACCAAAGACCUGAUUAACCUCAAAGCAAAGAAUUCAAGGAUGGAUGAUGUGGACGAUGUCCUAUUGACUGUUAACUUCUUUAGGGAGAUGAAAGCUAUAAACAAGGAAUUAUUCUGUGACAUGCAACAUGAUGAGUCCGACAGAGUUAAGAACAUAUUCUGGGCGAACACUACAUUCUUUGGUUUCACCCUGAUAAGAGAUGAGGAUGCAGAUUCAUUCAGAUGGUUGUUCAAGACAUUUUUAAGGUGCAUGCGAGGGAAGGCUCCUACAUGCAUCCUCACAGACCAGUGCCCGGCAAUGGCUUUGGCCAUCCCAGAUGCUUUCAAGAACACAAUACACAAGCUGUGCCGCUGGCACAUUAUGAAGAAGUAUAGGCAACACCUUGCAUACCUGUACAACCUGCAUGAAGACUUUAAGGAUGAAUUCACAUCAAUCCUCAACUGGCCCCUCAUGCCAACUGAGUUUGAGGCUGCCUGGAAAGGACUCAUGGAUACGUACCACCUCCAUGAUGAUGCCACGAUGGUGGCCAUGUGGAACGAGCAUGAGAGAUGGAUAUCAGCACAACAAAGAAAUUCUCUGCACCAAAAUGACAUCCACACAACAAAGUGA